GCCGCGGCCGCGGCAGAGCCAUGGCUUGCCGCGGGGAGGCGGCGCCGAACGACGCAUGGCGGCUUGGGAGCCCGAGGCGGCCUCGUUCCCGGACCUGCUGUGGGCGGCGCUGGACCCCGCCGGCGGGCGGGAGGCCGAGGAGCGCCUGCGGCGGGCCGAGGAGGCGAGCCCCGUGCGGUUCUUGGCGCGCUGCGCCGCGGAGCUGGGCCGCGAGGGGGCGCCGCCAGCGCUGCGGCAGCUGGCGGCGCUGCUGCUGAAGAACGCAGUGUCGUCUACGCGCGCGGGGCCGCGGGACAGGACGCUGGCGGCUCGCUGGGUGGACGGCGUCCCCGAGGAGGAGAAGGAGGCGGUGAAGCGCGCCAUCCUGAUGGCCCUGCAGGACCGCGAGCAGGCGGUCUGGUCUUGCGCGGCCGUGGCGGCCGCGAAGAUUGGCGCCAUGGACGUGCCAAUGGGGCGCUGGGGCGAGCUGGUGCCGCUGCUGCAGCAGUGGGCAGAGGGUGGCGACCAGGCCAUGGGAGCACCCUGCGCGCGGGUGCCCUCCCUGCGUGCCCUCGGAUACCUGGCCGAGGAGUGGUGGUACAACUUCACUCCCGAGAGGGGCGGCCGGGAGGUCAGCGCGUCCGUUCGCUGCAUGCUGGCCGCCACGCUCCGCUGCGUCGGGGAGGGAGAGGGCCCGCCAGGCCUGCGCGCCGCAGCCUGCGAGGCCCUGUUCCACGUGCUUGGGUGUGCGCAGGCGAGCCUCCUGGAUCCUGGCGAGUCCAAGCAGGUCAUUGGCCGCAUUCUUCACAGCUGUUGUCCGGCGGGCCCUGCGGAGCUGGCGGCCCCAGCGCUGCGCUGCCUGGGGCGCCUGGCCGCAGAGUACUACGACCUCCUCGGGCCGCACCUGGAGGAUGUCGCGCCGGUCACCUGGGCGGCCAUAGAGCACGGCUCGGAGUACCUGGCCACGCUUGGGAUCGAGUUCUGGAGCAGCAUCGCGAACCUGGAGCUCAUGCCCGGCCCGCACAGCAGGGGCUACAUCGCGAAGGCGCUGCCCGCACUCGUGCCACGACUGCUGCACGCCCUCUCGCGGGGGAGCGUUGCCGGCGGCGCGGCGGAGCCACGAGACCUGCUGGACUCGGCGAGCGGCUGUCUCGCGACGGUGGCGCGGCUAUCUGGGCAGCCCUGCCUGGACAUUGUCCUGGCCUUCCUGGGCGCCCACUUCGAGUCUCCAGAGCUGCGGCUGCGUCGUGCCGCGCUGCUGGCCUACGGCGCCAUGGUGGAGGCGCCCCAGGAGGGCGUCACCGCCAUCGUGGUCCGCUCAUUCGGCGUCCUGCUCCCAGCGCUGAGCGACGCGACCCUCCAGAGGGCUGCUGCAUGGGCCGCGGGCCGCGCGCUGGAAUUCCACGGCAGGGCCAUCCCGGCGGCGUCCAGGGCGGGGCUUCUGCCCGCCAGCCUGGCGCUCGCGGCCGACGCGGACCUGAGCCAGGACUUCGGCUAUGUGCUGGAGGGCCUCAUGGCCUCGGCGGCGGUGUCGGGGGAGCAGUUCCUGCCCACCGCGGCCCGCCUUCUGGAGGACUCUGCGAAGGCGGGGCCCUGCGGCCGCGCAACCCUCCUCGGCGCGCUGGCGGCGCUGGUCCGUGGGGCCGGCGAGGAGUGCAGGCCGCGCUUCGGGGAGCUGCUGCUGGCGCUGCUGCGCUUCGCGGAGGAGCGGCAGGCCCGCCAGGUGGACGGCGUCGGGGCAUGCCUGCAGGCCCUCACCGAGCGCCUCGGGGGCGAGGUCGCCUCCUGCGCGGUGCCCAUGGUGAGGCUCUACGUGGCGGUCCUGGACGCGGGCGUCGCACAAGGGGUCGGCAUGCACGACGAGACGCUGUGGGCCGCUGGGGCGCUCGUCCGCGCGCUCGGGCCAGGGGCCUCGGCGCACACCGCCGCCCUGUGGCCAGCGCUCUCCGCCGCGAUGCUGCUGAGGGAGCAGCCGCAGUCGUGCGCGGCUGGCUUCGCCGUCUUCGGCGACCUCUGCAGCGCAGCCGGCGCCGCCGUGCACCCGUACGCGGAGGUGGCCCAGGACCGCUGCAUGGAUGUGCUGCGGAGCCCAGGGCACUGCCAGGACCUCCGGCGCGCCGCCGUGGCCUGCCUGGGGCGCCUGUGCCGCGCCCUCGGCGGCGAGCUGCCGGGCGUGGAGCUCGCCCUGGAGGCCCUGGGCUCGUUGGCUCCUCGGACCCUCGCGGUGGCCUGCGGCGCCCGCGAGUCCCCGGCCGGCCGCGGGGCGGCCGCCGCGCCGCCCGCCUCUGCCGCCGGCGCGUGGCGUGCUCCCGCGGCGCCAGCGCCCGCUCGGCGGCCAGGCUGUCCCCUGCCUGUGCAGCGGAUGUCGGACGGCUGGCUGCGGCGCCGCGAGCUGGCCGACGCCCUGAUGGCAGCGUACGCGGACGUCGUCCAGGGGCUCCGAGAGACCUCGUCGCUCGCGGCGGCCCAGGAGCACCUGCCGACGGUGCUGCGGUUCAUCACGGCCAAGGUCGCCGUGCAUGGCGUGGCCGAGGACGUGCUCCUGUCGGCCUGCAGGGUCCUCGGAGGCAUCGCCCAGGUCCACCCCCGGGCGGUGUCCGACUUCUGCUUCGCGGACGAGUGCGGCUGCGUCACGAAGCUGCUGGGCUUCGCUCUCGGAUCGCCCGACCCCCAGGUGCGGGAGCUGGGCUACCCGCUGGCGCACCUGCGGGACCCGGGGCCGUCGCCGCCGGCGGCGGACUGAGCUCGGCGCGAAGGCUUCGGCGGCGGCGGGCGGCACGCCCAGUGAGUGGGGCCGCGCGCGCGCUUGCGCCGGGGCGCCAAGGCGAAGCCGCAGCGCUGUGCGCUCGAGCGCGCUGGGUGCGCACG